AUGGCCAUGAUUGAAGCAGGGGAUGCUCAAAGCUUGAUGAACCUUUUCAAGCGCAAACAAGCUGAAGAUCCUAUGUUCUUUUACACAGUUCAAGUUGAUCAAGAAAACCGAAUGACAAACUUUUUUUGGAGAGAUGGAAGGUCACGAAUUGACUAUGACUGUUUUGGAGAUGUGGUAGUAUUUGAUACUACUUAUCGAACUAAUAGGUAUAACAUGAUAUGUGCUCCUUUUGUCGGCGUCAACCACCAUUGGAAAAAUGUGCUAUUCGGUUGUGCUUUCUUAUUGGAUGAGAAAACUGAUUCAUUUAUUUGGUUAUUUGAGACAUUUUUAGAAUCAAUGGGAGGUCAAAAACCAAAAACUAUUUUUACUGAUCAAUGUCAGGCAAUGGCAAAUGGCAUUCAAAACAUUUUUCCUGGGGUGUGUCAUCGUUUAUGCUCGUGGCACAUAUCUCAGAAUGCUGCAAGAAAUUUGGGAAGUCAUUACGGUAAUCAAGAGUUUAACCAUAUGUUCAAUAAGUGUCUUCAAGGAUAUUGUGAGACAGAAUUGGAAUUUCAGUCUAUCUGGGAUGACUUAUUGGCAAAAUUCAACCUUACAGGCAACCCAUGGUUGAUGACACUAUAUAAUCUUCGUGCAAAAUGGUGUCCAGUAUUUAGCCGGCAUAUUUUUACUGCAAGGAUAAAAUCUUCACAAAGAAGUGAGAGCACAAACAAUGUUUUUCAUCAAAUGUCUACUAAGACAAUGAGUCUUACUCAAUUUGUGCAUCACUAUGAUAAACAAGCGGAAAAAAUGCGUUCAAGUGAAUUAGAAGAGUCUUUUCGUUGCAAUCAAGGACUCCCUUCUAGAAUUGCCAAAAGCAGUGGAAUUUUGAAUCAUGCUGCUACUGUCUACACAAGGAAAAUAUUUAAAUUAUUUGAAAAGGAGUUUGUAGAUAGUUUGGCAGUAAUGAUGCAUGAGGUUGGAAGUGAUGGCACAAUUCACUCAUUUGAACUUAAUGAAGAGGGUCACAACAGAGUUUACCUUGUCCAACUAAAUUCAUUCAAUCGCACUAUUUCAUGUAGUUGCAAAAUGUUUGAGUCCAUGGGUUUAUUGUGUAGUCAUGCUCUAAGGGUACUAAAUGUCAAAUGUUGGAGUCAGAUACCAGAGCAAUAUAUAUUGAAGCGAUGGACAAAAGAUGCCAAAAAAGAAUUGGAGGCAAAUGAGCAUGGUGAAUUAUUACAGGUAAAUGGUAAAUCAUCGGUCACAUUGCGACGAAAUGCUUUGAUGCGAACAACUUAUGAUGUAUUGAGUAAGGCAGCAGAGACAGAAGCUACUACUAGAAUUGCUAUGGAAAAAUUGAGAGAGAUGGAAGAAUUGAUUGAAAAAGAAAUGAUAACGUCGAAGGGGGAAGUUAAUCAAAAAACUUCUGAUAAUGUUGUUGAUUGUAAUGCAAGUGGUUGCACAUUUGAUGAAACACCAGUACUGAAUCCCCCGUGUGUAAGGCCAAAAGGUAUAAGCAAUGCCAGAUUAAAAAGCGCUAUGGAGAAACGAAGAAAAAGGACAUCAAAAGAUACUGUUUCAUCAAGGAAAACCAAGCAAUCAAGCAAGAUAGGUCGUCCAUAUAGCUCAACUCAUACACCACUCAGUUCAAAUUUUCUUAAUCCAGUCAGUGUACCAAUGAGUACAAAUAUUAGUAAUCAUGUCUACCCAACUAUGAGAUUGUUACCUACCGAAGGUCAUGCAAAUUUGCCUCAACCUAAUUUGUCCUUUACAGGCAUGCUACAAAGUACUAAUUUCAUGGCACUUUUGAAUAAGGUAUUCAUUGAAUCAGGAAUUUCUCUUAUUCUUACGGAAUUUCUCGUAGAGAAUUGUUGUAAGAAACAUUGA